AUGGCUGAAUCCACAGAGCCACCGCUAUCGGGAACAGCGAGCAGCAGCAGCAGCAGCAAUGGCGGGCCGCCUGACGCGCCGGCUGCAGCCGCCUUGAAGCCCUCGACGGCAGAAACAGCAUCACCAUCUACUAUUGGCGCCACCACCUCCACUGCGUCAUCACAACCAAAACCACCCAAACCACCCAAACCACGGGCCACCGGCACCCCGCGGCAGAAAUACAGCCUGCCGCUCCCUCUCCGCACAUUCCCCCUGCCCACCUUCUAUCCCAACAACCCCCUGUCUCUUGUGCACCUGGUGCUUGCUUGGGUGUGGCAGGCCUUGCUUCCUCCGGCGGCCGAACCGGCCACCGUCCACGAGGGCCUCUGGUCGGCCGCGACGCGCUCUGUGCACGUCACGGACCCCCAGUCUAUGAACGACUUGUGGUGCCAGGGGUUCUACGGGAAAGGCUCCCUGAGCCGCAGCGAGCCCAACUGGCUCAACCGCGAAAAGGCCCGGCGGGCCGCGGCGAUCCAUGCCGCAUCUGCCGACGCGGCCGCCGGCGCCGGUGUCCACACCGUGACGACGACGAGUGAGCAGCGCACGAACAAACGGCGCGAAGAGCGUGCCGACACAAAGUGGGAGCGCGGGCGGACGGAGUGGGAGGCCAUUGAGCAGCGACGACGGGACGAAGAGGCCGCGGAGGCGCAAGGCGUAAACGAAGCAGACAGCCCACUCAAUGGGCAUGCCAACGGGCGUGUCAACGCACUUGCCACUGUGGCGCCAUCAGCUGCACAGCUGCCAUCUCCACCGCCAUCGCCACUGGCGCCAGCCGCUGGUUCAAAGCAAAAGCCUCCAGUCGGUCCUCUGGAGCUUCUGGCGUUGCCCAACUCCGAGGCUGAGCUGCGCAAAGUGAGCCAUGCCAUGGCCGCAGCCGUACCUAAGUCCGACGUAAACGGCAGCGCCGCACUGCAGGAUCUUGUUGCCAACGGGACAUCGGAUAGGGGGGAAGAGUCGCAUAGCCGCACCAACGGCACGGCCACCACAGCCACCACGGCCAAGCCACCGACCGACAGCGUUCCGGUUGAACCGCUCAAGCGGCAAAAGAGCGUGCGCUUCUCGCCGACCGUCGAGUCCACAACGUUUUUGCACUCGGACCCGCCGAGCCCGAACCACAAUGCAAACGGCGUGGCCAAGUCGACGACGCCGGUGGUGCCCACAACUCUGACAACUCUGACAACGACGGCGGCCGACAUUCCCAACAAGGAACACCUCCAGCUGUCGCCCGAAGAAGCCUUCUUUCUAGCGUACGGCGUGGGCGCCCUGCGCGUCAUGGACCCGGCCACGGGACGCGUGCUGUCGACGCCACAGCUGCUGGCGCUGUGCCGGGCAGCGGCCACGUCGUUGUCGUCGUCGUCAACUCCUCCUCCUCCUCCUCCCUCACAUCUACCGACCGCGACCGACCCCUUCCUCCUCCACUAUGCCGUCUACCACCAUUUCCGGUCGCUCGGCUGGGUCCCGCGCCACGGCAUCAAGUUCGGCGUCGACUGGAUGCUGUACGGCAAAGGCCCCGCGCUCGACCAUGCCGAAUUUGGCGUCAUGGUGCUUCCGUCGUACGGCCGGUGGGCGGCGGCGGACCGGCCGGCGGCUCCUGCGCCAUCCUGGCACUGGCUGCACAGCGUGAACCGGGUGCUGUCGACGGUGUUUAAGAGCUUGGUGCUGGUGUACGUGGACGUGCCACCGCCGUCAUCGGCGACGGGGGGCGCGAACGGCGCGAUGGACGACAUUAGAGACAUAUCGGCGCUGUUGGGACAGUACCGCAUCCGGGAGGUCAUGGUGCGGCGGUGGUCGAGCAACCGAAACCGAGAUUAG